GCAGACGCCUGCGAGCAGGUUGUUGUUUUUAUAAGAGGCGUCAUUGGCGCCCGAGCUGUGACCGCCGCCACUGGGGCAGCCAGCACAAUUGGGCGGAGGUGGCGUUGCCCCUUCAGGUACUGUACUAGGCGGGCUUAGACCCCGGGAGGGGGUUUGUGCCGACUGUCUGAGUCCCUGGCCGACACCCUCGGCUCAGUAGAGGAGCAGUGGCGUGGUCCGCCUCCUAGGCUGGGGCUGCUCGGGCGGGGACUUGACGCCUGGCGUCAGCGGCCGCACGGGCGACCUCCUCGGGCCGUGCGCGAGUCCACAGUCCCGGAGGCCCGAGCUGGCCCCUGGGGCAUCCGGUCCGGUGGUCUUGCAGCCUCCAAACCCUGAGCUGCGCGCCAACAGUGGGAGAGCGGACGGCCUGGGGCACCCUCCUUCCUUCACUGGGCAGGCUCUGAGGUGCUGGUCGGUCUGGACUGAUGAAAAUCCAUAUGACCUGAAAGAUGUCUGAAAAUUCCAGUGACAGUGAUUCAUCUUGUGGUUGGACUGUCAUCAGUCAUGAGGGGUCAGAUAUAGAACUGUUAAAUUCUGUGACAGCCGCUGACAGCUGUGAGCCCACCCCAGAAUGUUCAUCUUUAGAGCAAGAGGAACUUCAAGCAUUGCAGAUAGAGCAGGGAGAAAGCAGCGAAAAUGGCACAGUGCUUAUGGAAGAAACUGCUUAUCCAGCUUUGGAGGAAACCAGCUCAACAAUUGAGGCAGAGGAAGAAAAGAUACCUGAAGACGGUAUCUAUAUUGGAACUGCCAGUGAUGAUUCUGAUAUUGUUACCCUUGAGCCACCUAAGUUAGAAGAAAUUGGAAAUCAAGAAGUUGUCAUUGUUGAAGAAGCACAGAGUUCAGAAGACUUUAACAUGGGCUCUUCCUCUAGCAGCCAGUAUACUUUCUGUCAGCCAGAAACUGAAAGGUGGUGGGAGAAGCUGUGGAAGAUUCCUGAGUGCAUAUGGGGAUGGGAUGAUCAGCUGAAACACCAUGUUCCUAGCCAACUCACUUUCCAAGUAUUUUCAUCUCAGCCUAGUGACGAUGAAUCAAGUAGUGAUGAAACCAGUAACCAGCCCAGCCCUGCCUUUAGACGACGCCGUGCUAGGAAGAAGACUGUUUCUACUUCAGAAUCUGAAGACCGGCUAGUUGCUGAACAAGAAACCGAACCUUCUAAGGAGUUGAGUAAACGUCAGUUCAGUAGUGGUCUCAAUAAGUGUGUUAUACUUGCUUUGGUGAUUGCAAUCAGCAUGGGAUUUGGACAUUUCUAUGGCACAAUUCAGAUUCAGAAGCGUCAACAGUUAGUCAGAAAGAUACAUGAAGAUGAAUUGAAUGAUAUGAAGGAUUAUCUUUCCCAGUGUCAACAGGAACAAGAAUCUUUCGUUGAUUAUAAGUCAUUGAAAGAAAAUCUUGCAAGGUGUUGGACACUUACUGAAGCAGAGAAGAUGUCCUUUGAAACUCAGAAAACAAACCUUGCUACAGAAAAUCAGUAUUUAAGAAUAUCUCUGGAGAAGGAAGAAAAGGCCUUAUCCUCAUUACAGGAAGAGUUAAACAAACUAAGAGAACAGAUUAGAAUAUUGGAAGAUAAAGGGACAAGUACUGAAUUAGUUAGAGAAAAUCAGAAACUUAAGCAGCAUUUGGAAGAGGAAAAGCAGAAAAAACACAGCUUUCUUAGUCAAAGAGAGACUCUGUUGGCAGAAGCAAAGAUGCUAAAGAGGGAACUGGAGAGAGAACGACUAGUAACUACGGCUUUAAGGGGGGAACUCCAGCAGUUAAGUGGUAGUCAGUUACAUGGCAAGUCAGAUUCUCCCAAUGUAUACACUGAAAAAAAGGAAAUAGCAGUCUUACGGGAAAGACUCUCUGAGCUGGAACGGAAGCUAACCUUCGAACAGCAGCGUUCUGAUUUGUGGGAAAGAUUGUAUGUUGAGGCGAAAGAUCAAAGUGGAAAACAAGAAACGGAUGGAAAAAAGAAAGGGGGCAGAGGAAACCACAGGGCUAAAAAUAAGUCAAAGGAAACAUUUUUGGGUUCAGUUAAGGAAACAUUUGAUGCCAUGAAGAAUUCUACCAAGGAGUUUGUGAGGCAUCACAAAGAGAAAAUUAAGCAGGCUAAAGAAGCUGUGAAGGAAAAUCUGAAAAAAUUCUCAGACUCAGUUAAAUCCACUUUCAGACAUUUUAAAGAUACCACCAAGAAUAUCUUUGAUGAAAAGGGUAAUAAAAGAUUUGGUGCUACAAAAGAAGCAGCUGAAAAAGCAAGAACAGUUUUUAGUGACUAUUUACAUCCACAGUAUAAGGCACCUACAGACAACCAUCAUAAUAGAGGCCCUACUAUGCAAAAUGAUGGAAGGAAAGAAAAGCCAGUUCACUUUAAAGAAUUCAGGAAAAAUACAAAUUCAAAGAAAUGCAGUCCUGGGCAUGAUUGUAGAGACAAUUCUUAUUCUUUCAGAAAGGCUUGUUCUGGUGUAUUUGAUUGUGCUCAACAAGAGUCCAUGAGCCUUUUUAACACAGUGGUGAAUCCUAUAAGGAUGGACGAAUUUAGACAGAUAAUUCAAAGGUACAUGUUAAAAGAACUGGAUACUUUCUGUCACUGGAACGAACUUGAUCAGUUCAUCAAUAAGUUUUUCCUAAAUGGUGUCUUUAUACAUGAUCGGAAGCUCUUCACUGACUUUGUUAAUGAUGUUAAAGAUUAUCUUAGAAACAUGAAGGAAUAUCAAGUAGAUAAUGAUGGAGUAUUUGAGAAGUUGGAUGAAUAUAUAUAUAGACACUUCUUUGGUCACACUUUUUCCCCUCCAUAUGGACCCAGUCGACCUGAUAAAAAGCAACGUAUGGUAAAUAUUGAAAACUCCAGGCAUCGAAAACAAGAACAGAAGCACCUUCAGCCACAGCCUUAUAAAAGGGAAGAUUUGAAGAGAUUUCCUGGAUGUGGAGUGUGGCUUCCGAAACCACCUUUUCCUUGUGCUGUAUUUGUUGCAACAAUGUUUAGGAGAUUGACACUUUCACACCUGCUUUUUACCACUAUCCUUGGAAUUGCUGGAGGAGUAUAUAUUUUUCAACCAGUAUUUGAACAGUAUACCAAAGAUCAGAAGGAAUUAAAGGUGCAGUUGGUACAAGAAUCAGAAGAGAAGAAAAGUUAAUACUACAUUGAGUUAGGCCAGGCGCGGUGGCUCACUCCUGUAAUCCCAGCACUUUGGGAGGCCGAGGCAGGUGGAUCACGAGGUCGGGAGUUCGAGACCUGCCUGACCAACAUGGUGAAACCCUGUCUCUACUAAAAAUAUGAAAAUCAGCCGGGCUUGGUGGUGUGCACAUGUAAUCCCAGCUGCUCGGGCGGCUGAGGCAGGAGAAUUACUUGAACCUGGGAGACGGAGGUGGCACUGAGUUGAGAUCACGCUGCUGCACUCCAGCCUGGGCGACCGAGCGAGACUCCAUCUCAACAAAAAGAAAACAAAUACUUCAUGAAGUUGAACCGUAAUAAUUGCUUAAAGUUCCAUUGUAAUUAUUUUAACUUUAAUCUAGCAAAAACAUAGAUGUAUUUAAAAAUAAAUCAUGGAUAAUGAUUUUUUAACCUAA